UGUUGUAGUAACCAUCAGUGCCCUACUUUUUCUCAGUCCCUGCUUGCAGAUACACAGGAAGACAUGUAUUCCCCUCUUCGCAAGCAUUUUGGGAGAGUGAACGUCGAUUUUGGACAGAAUGCAGUGAGGGAAUCUUGCCUUUCAUCAAAAACAAAUGAUGGACAAAGAAAGCUGGCCUGGGGAAUGCGGAAGGAUGGGAGACUGACAUCAUCCCCUGGCCCUGUGGUAAUCAACAAGGAGGCCAACACGGAGAACACAGAAGAGCAGAGACUGAUUAGACAGCUGCAGUCAGCUACUGAGGAGAGAAAUGAGCUAAGAGAUCUCCUGACUUACGUGACAGAGAGAUACAGGAACAACAGAAAUAAAGACCGGAAGGAACACUUAAGUGAAAAAUUUCUCAAUAAAAUCCUGGCAAAUAAAAUUCAGAUAUAUCAGAAAGCUGUCCAGACUGUGGAGAAGGAGAUCAUGGGGAAGUCUAUUGUCCCAGGCUUUGGAGAGAAAAGAGUUCUUGGCAUCCUCUGUGACGUCACCAGCGUUGUAGUAACCACCAGUGCCCUACUUUUUCUCAGUCCCUGCCUGGCAGAUACACAGGAAGACAUGUUUUCCCGGCUUCGCAAGAAUUUUGGGAGAGUGAACGCCGAUUUUGGACAGACUGGAGUGAGGGAAUCUCGCCUUUCAUCAAAAAUAAAUGAUGGACAACGAAAGCUGGCCUGGGGAAUGCUGAAUGAUGGGAGACUGACAUCAUCCCCUGGCCCUGUGGUAAUCAACAAGGAGGCCAACACGGAGAACACAGAAGAACAGAGACUGAUUAGACAGCUGCAGUCAGCUACUGAGGAGAGAAAUGAGCUAAGAGAUCUCCUGACUUAUGUGACAGAGAGAUACAGGAACAACAGGGCCAGCCGCUACAUCAGGUCAAAUCCAUUUUAUGAAAAAUUGAAGAUAAAGGAGAGGGAGGUCAUGUCAUUACUGCACAACUUAGAGAUGAGGAACAUCGAGCAUUGUGAGAAAUUUCAGGAGCUCCAGAAGGAAAUUAACUUCUAUCGGAACCUGCCCAGCCGGAUCCAUAUGGACAAGAUAUGUAUGCAGAAGAAGUUGUUCCCAUUCAGAAAAGAGAGCAAAGCAGAACAGCUUGAUUCUGCACCGCUGCUACAGAAAUUUUUGUUUGAUUUGAACAAGAAAGAUAAAGACGAACAGGAGAAAACCAGCAACCUCCAGACCAAGCAACAUCUGGAUAACACCACUUGAGAGACCACUUGGGAACUGCAUUGCCAUUUUGCCUGCUAGAGGAGAAACAGCAAUAUAACUGUGCUUCUAAAUGUUCACUAAGAAUAUGCUGUUUAGAAAUAUUUUUGUUAUGAUCUUAAAUGAAGUUUUUGUUUUGUUAUUUCAUAGUUAUAUGUUCUUGUUAAUAUUUUUCACAUCUGAAAAUACUUUUAUAUAUUUAUAUUAAUAUUCAUUUUAAUCAUUUUUGUUUUAAAUUGUAUUCCUUAUGAAUAAAACUUGAUUUGUAACUCU